AUGUCCGACGACGAAGCCCGCGUUCUUCGUCCUCGUCCGCAGCGUGUGUUCCGCGUCAACGACUCCUCCGGAUCGUCUACUCCCGCAGAGCCCUCGAACACGGGCACCCUGACUCCCAAAGAACCUGGCUCGGCCGCUAUCAGUCGCAAUGAGUCUAUCAUGAACCUCACAUCGCCCACUCUUUAUGGGAUCUACUCACCCACGGCUUUCGAAGGUGUCCGCGAUGAGGACAGUGCCUGGGGAACAGAAGCAGACCCGAAUGGCCCAAAAGUUCCGCCCACGCUGGCUAGGAACAGAACAGAGUCUGCUGCUGUCCUCCGCACCAGGUCGCGUCUCAGUCACGGCCUGUUCCGCGGCGUUAUCCUACCGCAGACAAUCAGGAGCGCGCUGCUCUUCGCCUUUGGUGUCGUAUACGGCAUCAUCACCAUUCAUCUACACGAAAACCACUGGAUCACACCGGUUAAGCUGGAAUACACUCAUUUCUAUGGCUCAUGGGAAUAUUUGGGAUUCUGGGGCUUAACCGGAGUCGCCAUUGGGAAUGUGCUUCCUUGGCUGGAUUCGUAUCUAGACGGGGCUGUUGCAGAGGGGAAGCAGUCGGGCAAUGAUUCCGCGGAGCUUGCUCUCUCAUGGUCUGCGGUAGUUCGCAGUGUCGGAGCUUUUGUGGGGAUUGCAUUCGCCAUGGUAAAAUCCCUCCCAUGUCAACUGUUUCCAGAAACACUAGCUAACAUACGUAUCUGCUUCCUACAGCGUCGCACACCAUGGGAGUCCACAACCCAAGCAUCUCUUACACUGGCCCUUGUCAACCCUGUCUUGUGGUACCUUAUCGACCGCACCAAGACUGGCUUCAUUCUGUCCACGACCUUGGCCAUCGGCGGAAUGGGUCUGUUGCUAGGCCUGAAGCCUGACUUGAUUCCAGCAAAUGAGUCUUCCGCAUCAACCAUCCCUGCCCUCAACGGUACCGGUGCGGAGGCUACCCUGGUAUCGGGGCUCACACAGGAGAGCAUGGCGGUCCGGACGUGGGUUGCGAGCGUUCUAUUCUGCGCGUGUGUAUGCUUUGGAAACAUCGGCAGACAGCUCGCCGGGUCUCGUCGCGAAACCUUGAAGUCGUGA